AUGGCCGGCACAGGCAACGAUUUCCAGAAUGGCGCGCCCUUCUACCUAGAUGCCACGCAGCAAGACCUGCUCCUCGCUGCCCUCGCUUCCAACAACCAAAACCCCAACGACCUCUUCUCCACAGGCCUCCACAAUGGUCAUCACAGCAAGCAAUCCAUGGACGACGCGCAGUUCCAGUAUCCCGUCGACGCCCUCGACCCCGCCUACUUCACCUCGCCUCAGCAAUCUACAGGCGGCACUGGCUUCAGCAACGUCGGCAUCGAAGAGAGCCCUUUCAUCGACUAUCUCGACGGCGACAACGGUUUCGACUUUGAAAAUGCUGACGGCGACAUGAUUGGUGCCCUUCCUGGCGACACUCCCGGCGACUCGAGCGAGAAGCGCAAGAGUCCUGGUGACGAAGAAGCUGAAGACGACGAGGGAGGCGGCAAGCGCAGAGAAGGCGAGGAUAAGCAAGCUAAGAAGCCAGGUCGCAAGCCGCUGACUUCUGAGCCUACAACUAAGCGCAAGGCCCAGAACCGCGCCGCCCAGCGGGCUUUCAGGGAACGCAAGGAAAAGCACCUCAAGGAUCUCGAGACCAAGGUCCAGGAGCUCGAAAAGGCCUCUGAUGCUACAAACCACGAGAACGGCUUAUUGCGCGCGCAGGUACAAAGGCUGCAGAUGGAACUUCGCGAGUACCGGAAACGCCUGUCAAUGAACAGCAGCGGUCUCAGUCGCACCCCACCGCUCACUGGAGGCUUCAGCUCCAUGCUCAACACCAACACCACUGUAAACAACUUUUCAUUUGACUUCCCACGUUUCGGCGGGCUUCCAGGCGCUCAGCUCCUCGACAACGGCUCACUGACCAAGAACAAAAACGCUUCCGUGUCUUCGAGCGUAUCGGGACGACACAACAGUACCGGACGAGACCUCAGCCCGAACAGCAACGCCAAUGGUUCCACCACCGACUCUCCCGCCCCAAUGAGUGCAGGAGCAAAGACUCAGCGCUCUGGCAGCUUGAACGGUUUCUUUGGCUUCAGCAACAACAACAGCAGCAGCAGCACAACAAACAAUGGAGCCUCUCGCAGCAACACUGCAAGCUCCACGGGAUCACAAUCGCGUGUUUUCCAAUUCAACAGUGGUUCAUCUAACCAUUCUGACUCGCCUUCGAAUUCUUCCACAUCGCCCACCAAUCAAAACUCGUCCUGUGGUACAUCCCCAGAACCAAGUCAUGCUUCGCCCAACCAGCAGGCAGACACAAUCACAGACGGCUAUGUGUGCCAUGGAAACUCCGAAGGUGAGGUGCUCUUCUGCGAAAAACUCAACAUGGCCUGUGGAAAUCCUCGUAACCCCAUGCCUCGUGCCAUGUCUCAAUCUGACGCCAAACCUUCUCCCGCAGUCUUAUCCGCCAAAUCCCCGACUCCUGCCGUCACCGGCAUCGACUACCUCGCGAAUCAAAACGGCGGCCAAUUCGACCCUACUCUCUUUGGAGAGUACCGCGAUACUCAAAACGCCAUUGUUGGCGACGGCGACUUCACCGGUGGCUUCUUCAAUGACGCAUUCCUCAACACUGGCUAUGUCAGCCCCUUCCACUUUGGUGAUACACCAGCUGUGCAGAAGCCAAAUCCUCUCGACGAGAUUGAGCGUGCACAAGAAGGCCAGGAUGGUGACGACGAAGUGGUUCCAGGCGAGGAUGUCAACUCGCUUCUCAACUGCCACAAGAUUUGGGACAAGCUCUCAAGUCGCCCAGAUUUCAAGGAUGGCACCAUCGAUAUUGAUAACCUGUGCAGUGAGCUCCGCGCCAAGGCCCGCUGUUCUGAGAGCGGCGUCGUAGUCGACCACAAGGAUGUCGAAGAAGCCCUGAAGCGGUUACCUAAGGAGAACAAAACUCUCGGAUAA